CGAAUUUUCUUCCCAAAUUCAGAGGGAGUGAUAAUCUUGAUGAUGCAAGGCAAAUUUGGCAAGGAAUAAAUUUCUUUACAAAUAAAAUGGAUGCAGUGCAAGCAAGCGGGAAGACCUGUUAUCGCAAAGAGAAUAUCAAGCUGAUCGCAUUCCGACGGGGGUCGCAAAAAGGAGUCUUGGAGCCAAUUAAGGUGGACUUUGGAGAAUGUGAAAAAGAAAACACCACGAACAAUGUAUGCCUCCCUUAUGAACUGACCGAGCAUCGCAACUAUGCCAUGGCGCCGGCCAUCAUUGAGAAGGAGAUCAUACAGAGCUGUCAGUCAGCAAGUAAUGCAUGUCAGCGGCUCCCACGCCUGGUCAAGUAUUACAACGGAACUAAGUUUGAGGUCACUAUUGACGUUGGAAUGUGUAGUGGACAGUGCCAUGGAAACACUAUAUGUCAGUCAUUUGACAAGAAAACAAAAGGCAUUUCUACAGCAAACGGAGACAGGUGCCUCAAUAUUAUCGUGGACUGCGCAUGUGUGGAGCCUUCAUGCUACCGAAUGUCCCAUUACGAGGGAUUUCCAGAACAGUAUACUGACUCCCAUGGAAACACAACAUUACGAACCAAGAUCAUAGAUGUUGGAAAGUGCAUUGGUAGCUCUCGAUGUCUCAAGAAAGUUCCCACGGGUAAUCAAAGGAUUACGCCAAAAGGAGCUUGGAACAAUGUAAUGGGUGAGAGCGGACCGAGGUGCUUCACUGAACGCUCCAUGGCGCAUUCCUUCAUCACUGCUGGUGGUAAAAACUUCAGCGUCCGGGCCGUAGAAACGUGCGCUUGUCUUUCAUGAGGGACCAAGAAACUCUGCUAUAAACCGAAGACCAGUUGAAAGUAAUUUCAAGACUGCUAGGCGUAUUACACACUCAUAAUUUAUAAGUUUUGAUCUAGGCAAGGUAUCAACACUAAGAGUAAUGCUAUCACAUUUAGAACUAGCUUUUAAAAAUUUUACUACAGAUGUAAUGAACUGUACAAUGUUUUUAAGUGUAUAUGACCAAAAGAAGACUCGGUUUAGCAUCAAACACCAUUGUUAGUACCGUCGACUAUCGAAAACCCUCGACUUUCGAUAACCCUGGUUCGAGCCUCACGCCAACCCAACCCGAAAUUUAUUGCCCCUAGAUUUCCAUCAUACAUAAGGUAACCCUUGGCAACUCGAAUUUCCCGCGAACCCGAAGCAUUUUUCGUUUCUUUUCGGGUUCUUUUUCUAUGGAAGAGCCCUGAACUCGAGCCCUGGAGAUAUGUCAUUGCGCGAAAGUAAAAACAAACUGCGCUUUCCUCAACAACAUCGAUUUUGUUCGGAAGCCGCCCUAAAUUCUUUGUAAAUCCUUUUUUUUUGUGUGUGUAUUACUAAAACUAACAACAAACCAAUGCAAACUUCGAUUGAAGUUUUACUUCACACUGGUAACAUAAGCUAUACACUGACCACUGCACUCGAUGAAACUGAAAAAUCAAACAUCGGAUACCUGUUUGUUCUUUUAAGUCAAUAAUAGUCCAUUUUACAGUUGUGUGCUUGGUUGCCAAGCCUUUGAACGGGAGUGAGGCUAGGGGUGACAUUAUGUACAAACCUUGUGGCCUUUCAAAUGUAAGUCACUUUUUUAUCAUGCUAACUCGAUACAGGUCUCUAUCACAACAAGGUCGCCGUUAGCCUUAUGGCUUGGCAACUAAGUACAAAACUGUAAAAUAGCCCAUUGGCUAACACAAAAAAUCAAGUCUUUCAAUAGGCCUAGGGAGAUGAGUUGUGAGGAGGACAGCUGCUGGUGGCAGUGAAUCAGCUUUCUUCAGCUUGAAUGCAACUGAUCACAAGAGUCAAGUGGGGAGUUUAAUAUGGCAUAAUCAAGCCUAAUGAGUCUGAUUCGUAGAGAGGAAUUCGUCAUUUUGCCAUAAUUCUAUUGGCUGUAAGAGUCUGGUCUUAUUUGUAAGUUGUGAUCGGUCAGUUUCGAUCUGUCAGUUCGAUCAGUAGUUGUCAACUUCUCUUAAGAGGGGUUUGCUGCCAGUCAGUAAAUUUAUUUCCCAUCUCAUCACAAUUUUGACCAGCAUGAAAUCACGUAGGAAAGAGAAUGUAGCGUCCACUGUUAGCUACUUGUAAUAAAAAGCAACUUCGAUUG